CCAUUUAUUCUCUUUUUUCUGUGGUCUCUGCCAGUAUAUAAACCAUCCUCCAUAUCACAUUUUCUCAUAAGCAAAUCCUCUACAGCUUCUUCUGCUUCUCUAACACUCCAACUCACUACAUUAUCUUCAGUGAUUUGCAGGGAAGUAAAUAUGAGCAGACCGGGAGACUGGAACUGCAGGUCAUGCCAGCACCUGAACUUUCAGAGGAGAGAUUCAUGCCAGCGAUGUGGGGACUCAAAAUAUGGAGAUAGAAUUGAUUUUGGUGCGUUUGGAGGAAGAGGAGGGUCUUCAUUUGGGUUAACUGGGUCAGAUGUUCGCCCUGGUGACUGGUACUGUGCUGCUGCUAACUGUGGGGCUCACAACUUUGCUAGCCGCUCAAGCUGCUUCAAGUGUGGUGCUUUCAAGGAUGACUUGGCUGGAGGCUACAACAGUGACAUCUUGCGCUCAAGAGCUUUUGGUGGCAGUGGAAGACCUGGGUGGAAAUCUGGUGAUUGGAUAUGCAGCAGAUCAGGAUGCAAUGAGCACAACUUCGCUAGCAGAAUGGAAUGCUUUAAAUGCAGUGCUCCAAGGGACACGUACUAGUAUUAGAAAUGAGUUUAUCCAAGCAAGAAAGCGAGCUACAUUAAUUACUGGAGAUGCUGCAAGAUUUCUUUAUUAAUUUCUUUGGGAUGUUAAAGACAGUGUGAAUUCUGAAAAGGUGGUUUAAAAAGCCAUGUUACAGAGAAGCUAGCUAGCUACAUCCCUUAGGAUCUUUCUCAGAUUUAUCUCAAGAACUACAGCAAUGUUGUUUUGGUGCUUUAAACUAUUUUCUUUAGUUUUGGCGUUAGAGUUCCAUUUAUUGUAUGGUGCGUGGUUUUCUUAAAUGAAUAUGAAUCUCUUUUCUUUUACAGUA